AUUACGGGGUCCAUGCCUGCCUAUUUAAUGAAAGACCUUCCAGUGGGGGAAAGAUGAAACUGGUGACCCAGGCAGGAGAGGUUCCCAGACCUCUAGGCUCCCUCUGGGAGCUUGUCAGCUCUUUGUUGCCAUUAGAGAGGCUUUUGAUGGGAGAGGCGAGGAGGGAUGAGCGGAGCAAGGCUGGUGGUGAUCUUUGAUGGGGGAGGUGAGGAGAAGUGGUCUUUGUUGCCAUUAGGUCUUUGAGGGAGGUGAGGUGAAGUGGUCUUUGUUGCUCUGCGGGGGCAGUGGAAGGGAAGGGGUUCCUAGCUGGUGCCCUUGAGAAUCAACAUGGGGGCAACCGGUUCAUGUCUCUCCUAGCUUCUUUCUCUCUCGUUGUAUCUUGCCAUUUUACUUUUCUUAUGACUCUUUUCUGUCUCCAUUUCUUCCUGGGCCUUUCUGCUUCCUGGGCCUUUCUGCUUCCUGGGCCUUUCUGCUUCCUGGGCCUUUCUGCUUCCUGGGCCUUUCUGCUUCCUGGGCCUUUCUGCUUCCUGGGCCUUUCUGCUUCCUGGGCCUUUCCGCUUCCUGGGCCUCUUUUUCUGUUGCUUACUUUCCUCUUCCUGGGCCUUUCUGCUUCCUGGGCCUUUCCGCUUCCUGGGCCUUUCCGCUUCCUGGGCCUCUUUUUCUGUUGCUUACUUUCUGCUUCCUGGGCCUUUCUGCUUCCUGGGCUUGAUACAAAUGAUCCAGGCUAACUCCAAUGUAUUUAGCAGAUGACGAAGGGAGGCCUAUUUUGGUUGCCUAUUGUUCACUUGCUAAAUCCAUUCAUUUUAACCAACUGUAGUAAGUUCAGAAGCUACUUGACUCCUUCAACUCGGCCAUGGAGAAGGAAAAAUAAUUAUCUAUAAAUCCUCCAACCGUAUCUGAAGAUCUGCUCUGUACGCUCUCUGGUUCAGUAAGACUCCGGCAAGUGGAGCUUGUCGUCUUGAGUUAGGAUUGUCAGCCGUGUCAGUUUGCUGCUCCUUGUAUGCGCAGUCUGCCGAGAGGUAUGCAAAACAACCGCAGAGAGUCCCAGACUUCAAGUAUGAAAAACAGCAUGGCUUUACCGCUCCGCAACGAGCCCUUCUCCAACUGGCUGUCUUCUAGGAGCCCUUCUCCAACUGGCUGUCUUCUACGAGCCCUUCUCGAACUGGCUGUCUUCUACGAGCCCUUCUCCAACUGGAUGUCUUCUACGAGCCCUUCUCCAACUGGAUGUCUUCUACGAGCCCUUCUCCAACUGGAUGUCUUCUACGAGCCCUUCUCCAACUGGAUGUCUUCUAUGAGCCCUUCUCCAACUGGCUGUCUUCUACGAGCCCUUCUCCAACUGGCUGUCUUCUACGAGCCCUUCUCAAACUGGCUGUCUUCUACGAGCCCUUCUCCAACUGGCUGUCUUCUACGAGCCCUUCUCCAACUGGCUGUCUUCUACGAGCCCUUCUCCAACUGGCUGUCUUCUACGAGCCCUUCUCCAACUGGCUGUCUUCUACGAGCCAUUCUCCAACUGGCUGUCUUCUACGAGCCAUUCUCCAACUGGCUGUCUUCUACGAGCCAUUCUCCAACUGGCUGUCUUCUACGAGCCAUUCUCCAACUGGCUGUCUUCUACGAGCCAUUCUCCAACUGGAUGUCUUCUACGAGCCCUUCUCCAACUGGCUGUCUUCUACGAGCCCUUCUUCUACGAGCCCUUCUCCAACUGGAUGUCUUCUACGAGCCAUUCUCCAACUGGGACAAACCCCAGGCAUGCUGGUAGUUAACGUGACCUGGAGAAACAAGACCUAUGUCGGCACCCUCCUGGACUGCACCAGACACAACUGGGCCCCGCCAAGGUUCUGUGAGUCCCCCACCAGUGACAUGGAGAUGAGGAACGGCCGGGGCCGGGGGAAGAGGAUGAGGCCUAACGGAAACACACCCGUCAAUGAGAACAGCAACUCGUCGGAUAACAAGGGCAGCGGCACCAGCAAGACGCGCGCCGCCAACAGCAGCAGCAAGAGCCGACGGGGCACGCCGCCCAACAGCAACACAGAAGACGUCAAAGCCAGCCCUUCGUCGGCUAACAAGCGCAAGAACAAGCCUGCCUCAGACAUGGAGCCCAACUCCAGUUCGGAGGACACCAAGGGCAGCAAACGCAUGCGCACCAACUCCAACAGCGGCCCUGGAGGAGUGCCCCAGCCGCCUCACACUCUCCUCCCUGGCAAACCCAGCAUAAAGAUGGAACCACUGCCCCCACAGCAACUCGACCGCAACUGCCCUUCGCCGGUGCUCAUUGACUGCCCGCACCCCAACUGCAACAAGAAGUACAAGCACAUUAAUGGCCUCAAGUACCACCAGGCCCGUGCCCACAAUGAUGAUGACAUCAAGCUGGACAUGGACGGUGACAGUGAGUACGGGGAGGACUCUACGCUCCACCCCGAUCCGAGCAGCUGCAAUGGGGCCUCCAUCUCUCAAAAGGGCUGCCUGUCACCGGCUCGCUCAGUCACGCCAAAGGGUAGGGGCUUUGAGGCCCAGACUCCGUCACCCUCCUCGGGUAAGUUUGGCUCCAAGCAGGGUAAAAAGAAGCCCUGCGAGGUCGAUCUAGAGGCAGGGGGCAUGCCCAUGGAUGGCUGUGAGGAUGGGCCCUGCCUAACGGACGAGGCCAGCAACGACGGCAUGGACGACAAGAAGGACAAAGCCAAGAAGAUGGGUAGCGGCUCCAAGGCAGACAAGCUGGCCCAGAAGGGCAUGAAGUUAACGCGGCCCAUCGCCCCGACCAUACCACCUCAGCAACUCUACUCCCUACAGACGGCAGGCGGCUUCCCUGCAGCCAGCCCUGGCUCCACCCCUGCCAUUAGUUCAGCAGUACAGUCUAUCCCCAAGAGCCCACAGCUGAAAGCGAUCCAGCCCAAGCCCUCGGCCCUGGGAGACCCCUCGUCUGUGAACCCAGUGCUGAGCAGCUCCAAGGACAAGAAGAAGAAAGACAAGAAGAAGAAGGAGGCAGGAAAGGAGGGAGAUAGCCCCAAAGGGAAAGGGGGAAAGCCAGAGGAAGGCAAGAGCCCGUACUCUGAAUCUUCGGACCCGGGGAGCAAAGGCGACGGGCUGCUGAACGGCUCAUCAGACCCCCACCAGAGCCGGCUGGCUAGCAUCAAGGCCGAGGCAGACAAGAUCUACAGCUUUACCGACAACGCUCCCAGUCCCUCCAUCGGUGUGGCCAGCAGGAUAGAGGCUGGAGGCAUGGCCCAGCCCCUCACCCCACUCCAUGUGGUCACACAGAACGGAGCCGACAACUCCUCGGUGAAGACCAACAGCCCGGCCUACUCUGACAUCUCAGACGCGGGCGAGGAUGGCGAGGGCCGGGUGGAGGGCGUCAAGGGAGUCAAGUCCGAGGAGCAGGCCACCCGAGAGGGGGCCAAGAAGUCCCUGUUCCCCACCCAAACAGCCAGCAAGGAGUCCCCCUACUAUCCCGGCUACGAAAAUUAUUACUCCCCAAACUACGCCAACCCUAACCCUAGCCCGGGGGUGUCAGCCACGGGGGGCACACAACAGGAGGGGGCCCAGGUCAAGGUGAAAAAAGAGGAGCAGGAGGAGCGUAAGGUCAAGCAGGAGCAGCAGGAGGAGCGUAAGGUCAAGCAGGAGCAGCAGGAGGAGCGUAAGCCCGAGAUAGGUACCUCUGGACCGGGGCAACAGCAGCAGCAACAGGCCUCGGUCAUCCAGCAGCGCUCCAACAUGUAUAUGCAGCCUCUCUACUACAACCAGUAUGCCUACGUUCCCCCGUACGCCUACCACCCGGACCAGGCCUACCACAACCACCUGCUGAACACCAACCCGGCCUACCGGCAGCAGUACGAUGAGCGGCAGAGGCAGGUGGUAGCUGAGCAGCACCGCGCCGCAGAGAAGAAAUCAGAUGCUGCUGGAAAGGAGCGAGAGCGAGAGGGCUCCUCAGGGAAGGAGCGGGGUGAGGAAUGGAAGCAGAAGGCUUUGGUGCCCCCCACCCUGUCCAAGGCUCCCAGUGUCACAGACCUGGGCAAAGGCGGGCCGCACCAGGGCAAGCCACCCAAAGAGCCCUCGUCCUCCUCGGAGCAGACCAAGUCAUCGGUCAUCAUGCCCAAGGGGGAGGACGCCAAGGCGCCGGCCCAGCAGGCUGAAGGGCUGAAGAUGAAGCUGAGUGAAGGAGGGCACCACGGGAAGGGGGAUGAACCCAAGGCGGGCAUGGAGUCCGGCAGGCCCUCGGCCAUGGAACAGGCCAUGUGGUACAGACAGGAGCCUGACUCGCGGCUGUGGCCUUACCUCUACCCCAGCAAAUACCCUGAGGCCCAGAAACCACAGGAUGUGGAGCGCCACAGGGAAAGAGACAGAGACCGAGGAGAGCGGGACAGAGACCGAAAGGGCAAGGAGGGCAGGGACGAGAGGGCUCGGCCCAAAGACCCCACUCCGAAGGAGGAGAGCAAAGAGGGGGUUGAGCCCCGGUUGUCUUUGGCCUUGGAGGAACACCGGGGGGUGGGAAAGGACCCAAGGGCCACCGCUGGCCACAUGCAGUUCUCCUCUCCCAUGGCCCAGCACCAAGGCUACAUGCCUUACAUGCAUGGAGCCUACGCUUACGGCCAGGGGUAUGACCCCAGCCACCCGGGCUACCGUGGGAUGCCAUCAGUCAUGAUGCAGAACUACCCUGGGUCCUACUACUCAUUCUCCCCCUAUGGUAGUAAGAUGGGGCCGGGCGAGGAAGGUGGCGAGAAGGCAGCGCGCGCCAGCCCCACGGUCAGUGGCAAGUCGUCCUCCGAGGCCAAGGCCCUGGACAUCCUUCAGCAGCACGCCAGCCAGUACAAGAGCAAGUCGCCCACGGUUGGCGACAAGACCUCCUCGCAUGAAAGGGAACGGGAGCGCGCUGUGGCCGAGCGCGAGCGAGACUUGGACCGGCCGCGUUCCUCUCCCUCGCAGCGCAUCAUGCCUUCCCAUCACCACCUGGGCUACCCGCUGCUCUCGGGGCAGUACGACCUGUCCUACGCCACAGGUCUCUCUUCAUCAGCCAUAGUUGCCAGUCAACAAGCCUCCUCCCCCUCCAUGUACCCCCCUGCACGGAGAUGAGAAUGGGAGACCUGAUUGGCUGACCUCGACCUUGCUUGGAGCCAUGUGACUGGAUCACACGAAGAAGCCUGCUGCAGAGCUCAUUUUAAGACAUCAGUUCAAUGGUGUUUGGUGUGUUUUUUUUAGUUUCUGCCUGGUUGUUCCGGCUGUUCUGCUUCCUCCUCCCUCCGCUAGUGGGAUGGCCACCCUACGGCAAGGCUUCCCGUGGCUGGGUUGAGGGCUUGCCGAGGCCUUUCCUCUGGCCGGCCAGCCAGUCACGUGAUGGACUAAAAGGAGAGAGGCCUGACGAGGCUGACGCGUUCUGAUGGAGUGAGGCCUUAUCACACGGACGGCCAUAUUGGAAGUGGAGGGUGCAGAUGGGACAGGGGUCGAUCAGAAAUCACUACAUAGAGAUAUGGACCUAUAGGACUGAUGGCUGACCCUGAGACUCAGAGUAAUGGGCUGCAGCUUGACUUCUGGGUUGUUUCAUUCAUCCACCAAACUACCCACUGACCCGGAGGACAUUUUGAGACAUUCAUUGCAAUGGACCCAUUUUUUUCAUUCUGUUUUUUUUUUUUUUUUGGGGGGGUCGUUGUUUGGGCCAGAGGAGGGGUGACUGAAAGGGGAGCGACUGGUUUUCGUUGUCUCCAUCCCUCUCCACCACUCUGGGCUUUCUAUGCAAGCCGAAGCUGCUCUUCUCCUUAAUACUGACAGAGACAGCCCUCCUCUUCCUCUGUUCAGUUUCAGGAGGAGAAACAUUCAAGUUCACGCUCUGUUGAAUCUGUAGUUGUUUUGUGUGAAAAGUUAUCAAUUGCCUACUUGAGUUCAUUCAGAGAGUCAAACUAUCCGUGUUUGUUGUUUUGUUGCUUUUUAUUUGUACAAGGCUUUUUAUUGUCGUGCGUUGUUCGUUCCACAGCAUUAGUCUCGUCACUAUUCAUGUUUUUGUAUUAUUUUAGCAGUUUAUUUGAAUUGUUUUUUUCUUUGUCUUGUUGGCUUGACGACCAUGUUUCCAUCUCACUCUCACCCAGUGGUAAAACAAACUCCUUAGGCUGUUUGUCCCUGUGUUGAACGCUACUGGCCUUUCUGUGGUGGCGGUGACAGCUGUCUCCUGGUUUCCUUUCCCAAAGGGUCAUGCAGCUUACAAAGUAGCUCCAAUGCAUCUGCUCCAGAUCCCAGCUGCUCAGCAAGGGCCCCGGCUUAAAGGGAGAGGACAUAUUUGUGCCUGGAGGUACUUUGGCUUAGAGAGAAGAGGAACGGAGAGGAGCAGAGAUGUACCAUCCUGGUGCUUUCCAAGCUGUGACCUGGCAGGUUGCACUAAUCAGAGGAGCUGCCUAGACUCUUCAGAUGCUGCCUCUAGUUCCAUCCAGCCGUCCAUCUUCACUGGGCACUGCAGAGGCUGGAGGGGGAGAGGGGUUCUCAGACAGGCAGGCAGGCAGGCAGGCAGCCCAGGUCGUAAAGUGCACAAGGCUUUUGUUUUGUCUGUUUAUGCACACUGUCUGGGACCUACAUGGCUAUAUGAGAACGGUCUGCAAGCCACAGUCUGGCUGUCGCUAGUCUCUCACCGAACUGCAUCAUGGGUUAUCUGCAGUUCUCCCUCAUCAAUGGACGUGUAAGAACACAAAGGGGAAACUCUCUAGAGCUGUCAGAGGAUGCUCAGUAGAUAUGACUGCACUCACUCUCCCUCUGUUCUGGCCUGUAGUGAUGGAGAGACGGGCAGCUCUCUCCCUCUGUUCUGGCCUGAAUUGAAGGAGAGACGGGCAGCUCUCUCCCUCUGUUCUGGCCUGUAGUGAUGGAGAGACGGGCAGCUCUCUCCUGUAAUAUUUAUUCUAGGACUUCUAGUUGUGGAGUGCUGUGUUACUGGGAGUUGGCACAUGCCCCUGUUAAUUUUUUGGUGAAUGAGCGCAAUUGCAAAAUGGAGUCUCUCCUGCAGGCCCACCUCCUCUCACCUCCCUCUCCUUUCCAACUAUCUCUGUCUGUGUGUGGCUGCAUGGUGUAAACAUUAGCCCCGCACAAUGUCCUUCCUAGUGGAUCAAGUCAGAUGCAAAUUUGCUUUGGGACACUGUCCCCAUCUCUGCCCCUCUCACUGUGGUUUCUGUUUAUAGUGUACAGAGGAAUUAGUUUUUUUGUUGGACGCUAUUGGAAAAUGUCCUACGCUUUCUGUCUUGUUAGCCUCCCCCCUUUCCGUUGUUGAUACAAUAUGAUAAACUGUGGAGUCCACCCCUUCAGUAGCCUCUGUUGUUAUUAACCCCUCCACCAGUAGCCUGUAUCCCCACUCUUGAAGCCCAUGAUGCCAUUUUAGUCCCCUCGUCACACACGUUCCCAAGCCGCCUCGACCUCAAGGAAAACAAGUCACAUUUCAACCUUGUCAUUUUAACCCUCACUUAUUUGUUGCUCUUGUUUUUGUUUGUUUUUGGUUCCAUGAGAUACUGCUCAUGAAUGCUUUGUGUUGUUAUUACUACCUGCCGGGAUAGACGAAGGUUGAGGGCCGAGCAGCUGCCCACAGAGGAGUGAUAGAGAGGUAUCACCGCGUCCACUCUUCUCCUGCUAAUGAUCCCCAUUAAUCCUGCCGCAGCCGCACAGCGCCCACUCAACCGCUUGUCUGUAAAUCAGUAAAUCUGAUUCGCCGUGAUGCUUUCCUUGCCCUUCAAGGAUCUGGCGUGCUUGGGAGAGCAGCACAGGAAAUCUGAACUAAUAAAUUAAAUUUUUUUGUGUGCGUGUGUGUGUUUUAUACAUAAAUGUGAUUUAGCGAAGCCGAUGGGAAUGACACGUUUGUUGUGGCAGCGGCGGUGAAACAGACCUCAAACAGACCAAAGUGGCGUUUCAUUCACCAAGAGAUCAGGCCAACGCUAUCAUGAACAAUUAAAUAGGCCGUGCUCAGAGCACUGCCCCCUGUAGGAGAGUCCAUUCAUUCCAGUAAUACUCUAAUAGUUCUCCUAAUCAGACACGUUCCAGUUGAAUUCCCCUGCUCAACACUAACAUAAGAGGCCUGUAGGAUCCAUAAUGAUCCAGUCACUAGAGAAAGGGGGAUCUCCAUUCAAGUCAAUGUUCAAUGACGUCUGGAACACCAUUCUAUUGCUUCUAUUUCUAUGGUAGGCUCAUCGAGGUUGACUUUGGUUCUGUCCUGUAGUGAUGUCAGUUCAUAUGUUACUGUUGUAUGAAUGUUGUUGACAGGUGACCUGGUUGAUAAGCCCUACUCUCACCACAAUACUGUUGAUGCUCAGCCUUGAUUGGAUGCUGGCACAGAUUAUAUUUCCCCCCCCCCCUGUCCUUUUCUCUGAAGUGGAGGGUUUAGGUUUUGUUUGGAAAUAUGUCUUGUCAUACAAUGGGAGAAGAGCCCGUGUUAGAAGAGCCCAUGCUUUUAACACGUUCUGUAUGGAGUGAGAUGGGAGGUGAGGUCAGAACCAGAUUAUAUAUUAAUAGUCAUUUAACGGGUCUGUUAAACCAGGACCUCUGCUGGUGAAAAAUGUUUUGUUUUUUUACGAUACGUGGAAAAAAGUGCUUGAUACAUUUUUUUUUGAGGAUCGAGUUUGGGGAUUUUUUUUUAUUUUUUUAAUACAGACAGAGAAAUUAGAUAAUGAUCAUACUCCCACAGCAGCCGUUGUUGAGAUGUUGUCUCACUGUGCUUGGGUAGUCUGUCAUUCCUUGUGUUACUCACGCCGCGGGAGGACAAUGUUCUUGUGGGAUUUCCUUUUCCUGUUUCUUUAUUCAUAAGCCCGCCCCCUAAACCCACACCCCUAAACCCUAAACCCCCCCUAAACCCACGUCCCCAGAGCAGUGGCUCAGUAUCAGUCAUCGGUACUUGAGAGAAAGAUGUUUACAGCUUUUUUUAAUUGCUAUGUUUUGUUUUGGUUCAUCCCCCUCUUUGCCCCUCCCCCUUACCCCCCCAAGGGUUUCUCUCUUAUGUAAAGUGUACAUUGCCACAUGUCUUUUUUUAUACAAUGCUGUAACUUGCCUUUGUACAUUUAGGCGAAAAAAUAAAUCUUUUUAUGAGACAAUCA